UAUUUCUUGGGUUAGUGAGGAACUGCCUGAGCCUUUGGAGUCCAGGCAGAGGAGAUGGGAGCCCUUGGAGUAGGCUAGUCGCCUGGGCUGGGAAUGCCUGGGCAUAUGUGGAAGCGACUGGAAAGGUGGCACCGCACUUGGGUCUCCAGAGCUGCGCUGUUCCUAGGAGACGGAGGAGCAGCAAGCCCGUGGGGGAGGGGGAGCAAGGGGGUUGCUGCUUUUAGCAGCUGAAAGGGCUGCAGGGAGCUCUGGGUAAGACAUUUUCUGCUGCUGCUGCUGCUUCUGCGGUAGAAGCGGCCACGAGUAAGUCAUAGGAAGGAGUGUUGAGAGGGAGGAGGCUUCAUCUGCAGCCAUGCUGAAUCACUGUUGCUGAUCAGAUCUCCCGCUGGUUGGCUGGGACUGAGAACAGAGCUAGGAUCCUCCAGUGCAUGCACAGCUCAGCGGCUGCCACCCCAGCUGGGCCUCGCACAAUGGAGGGUGAAAGCAUCAAGCCGAGCUCCCAGCCCCCGAUACAAGCUGGGGAUGAUGAAAAGAACCAGAGGACGAUCACUGUCAACCCUGCCCACAUGGGAAAGGCGUUCAAGGUUAUGAAUGAACUGCGGAGCAAACAGCUGUUGUGUGACGUGAUGAUUGUGGCAGAAGAUGUGGAGAUAGAAGCCCAUCGUGUGGUGCUGGCGGCCUGCAGCCCCUACUUCUGUGCCAUGUUCACAGGUGACAUGUCUGAGAGUAAAGCCAAGAAGAUAGAAAUCAAGGAUGUGGAUGGGCGGACGCUGAGUAAGCUGAUUGACUACAUCUAUACAGCCGAGAUUGAAGUGACCGAAGAGAAUGUGCAGGUGCUGCUCCCAGCAGCCAGCUUGCUGCAGCUCAUGGAUGUUCGCCAGAACUGCUGUGACUUCCUGCAGUCUCAAUUGCAUCCCACCAAUUGCCUAGGCAUCCGUGCGUUUGCAGAUGUGCACACCUGUACCGACCUUCUGCAGCAGGCCAACGCUUAUGCAGAGCAGCACUUUCCAGAGGUGAUGCUGGGGGAAGAAUUUCUUAGCCUAAGUCUGGACCAGGUGUGCAGCUUGAUAUCCAGUGACAAGCUGACUGUUUCUUCAGAAGAGAAGGUAUUUGAAGCUGUGAUUUCAUGGAUCAAUUAUGAGAAAGAAACUCGUUUAGAGCACAUGGCAAAGCUGAUGGAACAUGUCCGUCUCCCUCUCUUACCUAGGGAUUACCUAGUGCAGACAGUUGAAGAAGAAGCUUUGAUAAAGAAUAACAACACCUGUAAGGACUUCCUCAUCGAGGCCAUGAAAUACCAUCUGCUCCCUCUGGAUCAGAGGCUCUUGAUUAAAAACCCAAGGACCAAGCCCAGGACUCCAGUCAGCCUGCCCAAGGUCAUGAUCGUGGUUGGUGGCCAGGCACCCAAGGCGAUCCGCAGCGUGGAGUGCUAUGACUUCGAGGAGGACCGGUGGGACCAGAUCGCUGAGCUUCCCUCCAGGAGAUGCAGAGCAGGUGUGGUGUUCAUGGCUGGCCAUGUGUACGCCGUGGGCGGGUUUAAUGGCUCCCUGCGUGUGCGGACAGUGGACGUGUAUGAUGGGGUGAAGGACCAGUGGACGUCCAUCGCCAGCAUGCAGGAGCGCCGCAGUACGCUGGGUGCGGCUGUGCUCAACGACCUGCUCUACGCCGUGGGGGGCUUUGAUGGCAGUACUGGCCUGGCGUCGGUGGAAGCCUACAGCUACAAGACCAACGAGUGGUUCUUCGUGGCCCCAAUGAACACGCGGCGCAGCAGUGUGGGUGUGGGCGUCGUGGAGGGGAAGCUGUAUGCCGUCGGGGGUUACGACGGGGCUUCCCGCCAGUGUCUGAGCACUGUGGAGCAGUACAACCCGGCGACUAACGAGUGGGCGUACGUGGCAGACAUGAGCACUCGCCGCAGUGGUGCAGGGGUUGGGGUCCUCAGUGGACAGCUGUAUGCCACAGGCGGGCAUGACGGGCCCUUGGUGAGGAAGAGUGUUGAGGUUUACGAUCCUGGAACAAACACCUGGAAGCAGGUAGCAGACAUGAACAUGUGUCGGCGCAAUGCAGGGGUCUGUGCAGUGAACGGGCUCCUGUAUGUGGUUGGAGGGGAUGAUGGGUCGUGUAACUUGGCUUCGGUGGAGUACUACAAUCCUGUCACUGACAAGUGGACGCUGCUGCCAACCAACAUGAGCACAGGGCGGAGCUACGCAGGUGUUGCUGUGAUUCACAAGCCCUUGUGACCCCAGCUCCCACUGCCAGGAGGUGGAGGAAGGGGGGGGGUGCUGCCUGUGACUCAGAACAGCCGGACCACGAUGGCUGAAUGCUACUCGCUGCCCGAGUCUGCAGGGGAGCGAGAACAGCCCUCCUCCAACCUGGCAGUGUCACCCGGGAGUGAAGACAGUGACCCACCUCCUGCUCUCACGGGGUGUUUUGUCCUCUGCCCUGAGCAGUGGGUUCCUGAUAGCUCCUUCUGCACCUUUUAGAGGUUUUUUUGUGUUUCUACAGGGACAACAGAGAACCUGGCGCGCGUGCAUGCGUGUGUGUGUGUGUGUGCGCGCGUGCGUGCGUGCAUGUGUGUGUGUAGAACAUGGUGUUUCACUAAGUUGGAGGGUGGUGAUAGUCUACUCCAUUUCUGUACUACUGAUCCUUCUGCUUUGCUAAAAAUCAAAUCACAGAAGGAUUUGCCCUGCGGGGACCUUGAGACUACUAAAGCUGCUGUCUACGGGGAGUGCAGUUGGACAGAACGGGAAUGUCUGGAAAUGACCGGGGAGGGGGCAGUGCUCUGACCAUGCCCACAUACUGACCUUGACUACGGGCACUGUCUGCAGAGGAGUGGGGCGUUCUCCAAGCACACCGGGUCCUCUGUGCUAGAAUUAGGAACCAAGGGUCCCUCAGUGCCUCAGAUGGGUGCUCUUCCUUGGGCUCUUCUCCAGGAAGUUAUCAGAACUUCCCAGUCUCUGGGCUACUGGUCUUUGAUGUUAUGAAUUCCAGGUUUGGGACAUUUUGUGUCUCCUCAGCUGGGAAAACCAGCUCUUCAGAGUAGCACUGAUUAACGCACUGGAAGAAAAAAAUACAUGAAAAACAGAAACAACAAAACAAAGUGGUAAGGCUUCAGUCCCUGCUCAUAAUGGUCCCAGAGAGCAUCCUAUUUCUGGGUUUUCCUGGGAGAGGACAGUCCCUGUUUAUACCUAUUAUCCAGGUUUAAUUAUUCAGAGCAUCACAUUUUACUCUCAAAAGUGUUCUGAUUUGGAGGCUAAGUAAAAACGUCACCCUACUUACAAACCCAAAGGUGGGUUUGUCCUUGCACUGGAUGGAGCCAUGUGUGAUUCAGAUGGGCAUGGAUGACUUCAAAGGGGCGUCCCGGCUGGGGCUGACCCUGGGCAGUCUGUGGCGAAGGUCCAGUCUGUCUGAUGUCCUUGUCUUCCUUUCCUUAUUCUCUCCCCAAUUCCAGCCUGUACCCUCUCUCCAACCCUCAGGACAUUGCUCUCCUGUCACCGCCCCCCCCUUGAAGGAGGACAUAGUGGUGGGCCCUGAAUGUGUCAUCUCUCUCAGGGGUACUUGCAUUUUGAGACAGGAGCUUGAUGAAAGCUUUGCUAAUUCACAGGUAAAAAUGAUUAAUAACAGUACUUUCAGCAUCUGAAGGAGGAUAUUUGCUGGUGCAUGGAGUCAUUUGCAUUUAAAAAAAAAACGAACAAAAGGGAUGUUCAAACUGUGCUGUUCCUAAACCAGCAAGUUGCUAGUGUUGGGAUUUACAGCAUAAGGAGGGGAGGCCUUGUGUCUGGGGAACAGUUUCACAUCUCAAGGGCUGGGAUUUAGCCUUCCCUGAGGUCAAGGUCCACCUUUAGGGAGCCCAGGGGCUUCAUGAACUCAGAUGUUGGACUUCUGGUACAGCUGGGCUACCUCCAAGCAGAUUUUGCAGGAGACUGGCUUUCUCCCGACCUCACCCUGAAGUUAGAAACCCAGGGCUCCUCAGGAAAUUGGCCACUUUGUGUAUUUACUGUAUAUUUAUUGUGCACUAAACACUCCACUCUCCUGAAGAGGAAGCGUCUUCUGAUAUUGAGCAGAUGUUAUUUCAGCAAGACAUUUGGAGAACACCAGGGCACCCAGCAUUUUUAGUAAACUUGGAGGAAGCUAAAAUGCCAGUUUUGCUGGACCUGGAAGAACAGCUCCGUAGGGAUCGAGACAUGCUGUCCAUUGGGCACACUGCUCACCCUGGCAUGGAGAUGGCCAUGGUUUCAGAGCUCUGCCUGGCUCCGGAUCGGAAGCUGAUGGAAUGCCCUUUUUCUUCCAGAUGUCCUUCUUCCUUUCCAAGGAAGGUUUAGGACUUUGUUUUGGGCUCUGUGUGUGUGUGUGUGUGUGUGUGUGUGUGUGUGUGUGUAUUGGUGGGUGAGGUUGGGGGUUGGGGUCUGACGUGUGCCGUUGCACAGCUCCUGAUUUCAGAUGAAAGGUGGAGCCCCCAACACCUAGAAACUGAGCUUUCAUGCUUAUGUGGGGGCUCUACUGUUUGUGUGUCAUUGUCCCAGAAAGCGCCCUCUUCCUGAGAGCCAGCCAGCCAUGUUUUCUGCUUUUGGAUUUUUGCUAUUGGUCCCACCUCACGUCUCCCUUCCCAGGAAGCGCUGCUCCCCCGGUAGUGCUGCUGAGGCCAUGUUCAUUUCAUCCUCGUGUGUCCUUUCCCAUGGGGACUAGAACACUGGUACGUCAUCACCAAAACGCCAAUCUGCUCUAGCUGCCCACAGAUGCCAUCCUAAACCUGAUGUUUCUUUAUCACCAGGUACGAUUCUCUCUCCACAGUGAGCACAACAGACUGAUUUUCAAGUCUGUGCUGGUCACGUGGUAGGUGAACACUUCCCCACCCCACCCCCUGCGUUCUGGUGGCCAUAGCUGCUUGUGAAUGCAGCUUUGGCAGUGGUGUAUCUGAAAUCUGAUCACAGUGAUGAAACAGAAUUGUGGCCCAAGGUUAGAAGCAACUUAGACGCCACUUGUAUACUGAUUUGGACAACAGAGAAGUCAGACUCUGAAUUCCAAAGUUACUUCUCAUACGUACCCAAUGGCAUCUCUCCAUCAAAAAAGUUGCAGUAUUAUGCAAAUGACAGUGACCUCAUUUUCUGCUAUGCAAUAAGAAUACUUAAUUCUCUUCAUGACAAACCAGUUGCAAUAUCCCCUAAGAGGCUUUUUUGAGCUGUCUUAUUUUGAUAUCUGUUGUGUAAUGUUUGUAUAUUCCUGAGCCAGAUCCUUUCAAAGAUUGCCUUUUUAUAAAACUGAAGCUGUAGCUUUCAGGCUAAAGUUUUAAUGUAGAUAUUUUUAUAAGAUAAUUUUUCGGGGUAUUUGAAUUGCUUUUUAUUGUCCAUGAUAAUGAGAUCUUAUGUUCUACACGUCAUUCACUCUCACACAUAGUUUGGGCCCGUGGCUAUCUUCCCUUUGUUUCUCACCCUCUCCAAAACUGAUUUCUCAGUAGCUCCAGGUAGAUGAGUCUCUUUGACUUGGAGUCUUCUUUCUUACACCACAUGCAAGGGAGACUACUGAAAAACACAGUCACUGGUGUUUCUUGAAUUGUUUAGGGACUGACGUAAAGCCUCUCUCAGCACUUACCCAUCAGUGAUACCCGUCUGCUGUUUUUGGAGCCCAUUUCAGCAGGGGUGAGGCAAGGGUGCAUCUGGUUGUCCCCUCUCCUGUCAGCUCUCAUGGCCUGGCCUGGAGCCUGGCAUGCCGUGACAUGGAGAAGCCUAGGGAAAGGCCUACCCUCCAGCACGUACUCCCAGGAGUUUCCUGCGUCCAGCUAACCAGUCUUCAUUCUUUUCUGUCUCCUUGUUCUUCUGAAGCUUCCAACAACUUAAGGCUUUUGCUGCUGGAUGAUGUCUCUUUUGGAAGCAUCUUCUCUGUGAACUUUAAAAGAGGGGUCCUUCCUCGUGAUCCCUGCUAAGAAUGUAUUAAGCAUGUGCUUUGCAAAAGCUAAUACUCCACUUAGCACUUGUUUCUUGAGCUGUGUCAACACUCCAGGCUCUCUUUUGUGUGUGUGUGUGUGUGUAUAUAUAUAUAUAUAUAUGACAUUUAGUCUCAUUUCAAAAAAAUCUUUAUUUUUAUUAUUAUUGGGACAGGUGCCAUUUGGAUUGCCUCCACACUUCCCACUGGCACCCUGAAGGAUCAAGUUGGGAGGCUGAGCAAAUUCAGAUUCCAGUUUAGCUGGAGUUUUUCUGUUUGCCAGGGGAAGCGAGGAGGUUGGAAUGUAUUGUUUUUAAGUGUUUGCACUAUUUAAUAGAGUCCGAAGUUCCUCAUGUUCAGCUGUGCUGCGUAUCUACUGACCAAACAGGAGAGCUGGCAGCACUUCUGACAUUUGGGAGCAUCCGAGGCCUUUUCCAUGGUGGAUGAUCACAACCAUGCAGCCCCUUGCAGCCUUUGUCAUGGGGCUCGGUGACUUGUGGAUACGGCGUCAGCCAUGGCAGUAAUGCACGGGACUGUGGCAUUGGGAGAAACAAAUUGCCAAGUGCUGUGUUCUUGCUUUUAGUCAUGCGAUUUCAAAUUAUCCCCUCUCCCACCUCUUCAGUGGCAAUAAGGAUGCUUGUUGGACUUCUUGUUUAAUUCAUAUAUGAUGUGUAAAAUACUUUCUUUGAAAGAAAAUUCAAGACCCUGAAUGUGUAUGUCUGUGUGAGUGCCGUGUCUGUGUGGCUGUCCCGAGGCAGGCCGACUGGAUCCCUGGCACCCUGUAUGCCACCCUCAGUCAGGUCCGUGGUCUGAUGUUCUCUGCUUGAAUGGUAGGGGCCGUAGAGCUUGGUAAAGAACACUCGUCGCUUGCUCCAUCAGUCAUAGCGUUAGCUGAAGAAACAGUUCCUCAAAUGUAUUGUUUUAAUAGGAACCAUGUUCUUGUUUUCCAUACUUUAUGUUCCUUUAAUUUUAAUAAAAGCUAAACUGUGAGAACCUC